GGUUUUCCUUCUCUUUCCUCACUUCGCUCGCUCGAAUAAAACCCUAAUCUCUCUCUCUCUCUCUCUCUCUCUCUCUCUCUCAUGGCGACGACAGCAGAAGCAGCAAGUUCUCCAUACGAGGGCGGGGUCGGUGGAAAGUUCCGAAGCAGGAAGCCGAACCGCGGCAGGCCAUCGACGCCCUACGACCGGCCUCCAAUCGCUCUCCGAAACCCUAGCGGAAGGAACGGCUGGAUUUCGAAGCUUGUCGAUCCCGCAUCGAGGAUCAUCACCGCCAGCGCCACUAAACUCUUCUCUUCCGUCUUUCGCAAGCGCCUUACCGCUCCUCCCUCAGAUGUGAACCUUGAACCCAGACAUGAGCCACCCAAAGAGAAUCCUUCUUCUGGGGUGGAGGAACAAAGCAGCAAAGAAGGAGAAAACCCAAGCAAUAGUCGUGACAGCACCGACAUUAAUGAACUUGAGCAACUGCUGAAGCAGAAAACUUUUACAAGGGUUGAGUUCAAUCACUUGACAGAACUGCUGCGUUCAAGAACUGUUGAUUUACCUGCGGAUGUUGAAAAUAGAAGUACUGAACCAUUUACAUCCCAACUGGUGGUUACUCACAAGAGACAGGAAAAGGCAGCUAUGCCUGGUCAGGAAAAUGGAGAAGGAAGCAUGUUAUUCACAAGCAUCUCCACACCUGCUGUUGGUUUAAAUGUAGUAAAGCAGGUUCCUGAAGAAGAUGCUUCCCCAACAGAACUUGCAAAAGCGUACAUGGGCUCUAGGCCUUCAAAAGUGUCACCAUCUAAGUUAGGUUUACGGAGUCAAACAUUUUGGGAAGAUCCAACUUCACUUGACCUUGUACCUUUUGCAGCGAAGUCUCCCAGUAUGUCAUUCAUGCCAAGAUCUGCAGGUCGCUAUUCUGGUGUUCGCGGGCUUUCUGAAAGUUGCUACAUUGCUCCUAGGCAACGAGGUAGAUCUGCGAUGUCUAGUGUGUCCCGUACUCCAUAUUCUGGAGUCCGUUCCACAGCUACUGUUAAGGGUAUUGUGCCCGCUGAUGAUGGCUAUGCUGGCCCUUCAACAUCAUCUCACUGGACAGAGGCCAACAGCACACUUUCUGGUGUUAAGCAGGUCCUGAAGAGGAGUAGUUCAGUCUUGGAUAAUGAUUUUGGAUCUGGUGGUCCUAUGCGCAGGAUCCGCCAGAGAUAUAAUAUGAUCUCACCUCCAAAAGAUCAAGUCUCCAUAUCAUCCAUUCAGAAGCCCCUUUUGUUGGACGGACGAAAUUAUAAUACAUCAAACCCUCUGGCAACAGGAAACGGAGAUAACCGAAUUUCUAGUGCAACUUUACCUUCAGUUCCUCCCCAAUCCAGUGAGAUGGCUAGGAAAAUAUUGCAACAGCUUGAUAAGUUGGUGCCUUCUCCCAAAGGGAAGUCAUCUGAACUGGAGGUAGCAAUGGCUAGGGAUAAGUCACCUACUAAGUUGACUCUUAAUAUGUUAAAUGGACGAGCUCUUAGAAGCAUGGAGGAUAUUAACUCACCACAGUUGCAGAAUUUGCCUGGUAAUGAUACUCCCAAUGGUACUCCUAAUGCUUUGAAUGGUACUUGUUUACUAGAUUCCAAUCAUUCUGCUUCUCAAAAGCAAGAUGUUGUUAGAGAAAAUGGCCCUGUGAAGGCUGCCGACGUCGGAGCUAAGUUGGCAUCUAAAGUCGAUGCUGUAAAAAAUGUAGUUCCUGUUAUUGGGUCUGGUGAGAAGCCUGCAGAUUUUGUUGUUUCGGGAUUUGAUGCAAAUACCCCACAAGUUAAACGUGCCUUCCAGAUGAGUGCACCUGACGAUUAUGUGGAUCUGGAUGAUGACAGUUGCAGUGGCAAGGAUGCUUCAGUUCCAAAACCUGCUGAAGAAGAAAAACCACAACCAUCUGUAGUAGAGCACAGGGCUGUUGUUGCUGAAACAGUAACUGUAGAGAAGCCUCCUGUUCCUACUGCAGAAAGUAAGCCUCUUGCAAGUUUUACAUUGAGUAACAGGGUUCCUAGGACUGCGGGAGCUUCUGAUGUGCCUGUUAUUAAUGUAAAAGAUGAUGUUCCUAUCUUCCCCAAGACUCCUGAGUCCAUCACUAUCAGUCCACCAGCUCCAAUUCCGACUGAUCAGUCACCCUCAUUGUUCAAUGGAUCAGUUCCGCUGAAGCACGAAACUGCUGCUCCUGUUUUCAGUUUUGGUCCUAAAAAUGUUGACAAGGUUCCUACUGUGUUUGCCGUUUCUUUGAACACCAGUAGCUUCAGUAAUGCUUCGGGCCUGAAAUCAGAUGCUAAUUUGGAUUCAAAAUUGGAGACAUUGAGCAGCAACUCCACCGCCGUCGAUGCUUCACUGAAGGCCACAGGUGCAGAAAAACGUGACAAAACUCAGAAGGACGGAGACUUAUAUGGAUCAUUGCAGAAUCCCGUAUCGACAUCAACUACCUCAACCAUCUUCUCUUUUGGUGCUUCGAAAAAUUCAAGUCCAAGCAAUGGUACUUCAACCACUUCAGUAUCUGUUGCCCCAUCAGCUCCCAUUUUUGGUAGUAGCUUGUUGAGCCCAAUUUCUUCCAGCAGCGGGACCACUACAACCAGCAGCAGCAUCCUCACUCCAUCUGUGUCAGCUGCAUCUCCUAUUUUUUCCACAGGGCCUACAUUUUUGUUUACAUCUGGCACAAAAGAAGCAGCAGCAGUUGCUCCUUCCAAUCCAGUCUCACAACUGUCAACGACUUCUGGCUUAGAAUCGACGGAUUCAGAACCAAAGCCCAAGAAGGCAUCACCAUUCAACAUAAGCGCCCCUUCUCUUUCAACAUCAUCAUCCCCUGCAUUCACAAUGACAGGCAAUGACAUUUUUGGUUUCAAUGCUUCCACAUCAUCCAGUACUACGAAUCCAUCAUCUGCCAGCUGCCAGUCUCAGAGCUCUAAUUCUUUUGGCACUGCUAGUGCUGGAUCUUUGUUUGGCAGUACACAGGCAGCUCCAGCUGUAAGUAGCAUCAUUCCUUUUACACAGAGUGCUCCGAGCCAGUGUGGCUCGUCUACUUCCUCUCCUACUUUUGGGUUGAGCAAUUCUGCUUUUAGCUUCGGUAGCUCUCCAUUUGGAUCUUCAGCUCCUGGUGCUAAACUGUUUAGUUCAGGCUCUGGCUUUGGACUGGGUUCUUCAACGUCUCUAUCUACGGGUGGUGGUUCAUUUAGUUCCAGUAGUGGUUCUUUUGCCCCAUCUGGCACGGCUUCUAGUUUGCUGGGUUCUAGUUCUCAAUCAGCCACACCAUCCUUCUUUGGUUCCGGGUUUGGCUCUACAUCCUCUUCUCUGGCAACUGGGUUUUCAUUUGGAGCAUCAGCUGCUGCUACUCCUGCCUCUGGAGGUAGCACACCACUGACUUUUGGUGCUUCGUCGGGGUCCAUGUUCUCAUUCAAUUCGGCAGCUCCUGCUGCUCACACCAUAUCGAGCUCUUUCGCCCCUUCACAGCCUGUGUUUGGAGUAUCGAAUCCGGUCGUUGGUUUUGGAUCAACCUCACCUGGAAAUGAUCAGAUGAAUGAGGACAGCAUGGCAGAGGACACGGUCCAGGCAUCAUCAUUGAUGCCCGUGGUUCCUCCAGUGUUUGGCCAACCGGUGGCUAAUUCACCCCCUCCAAAUUUCAGUUUUGGCUCUCCAGCCAUCACCCCAUCAGCUGGGGUCCCCUCAGCUGGGGUCUUCCAGUUUGGUGGUGGUCAUCAGAAUCUGACUCAGCAAAUGACUUCAUCUCAAUUCCCAGCGACAGGUAGCCUACCUGGUGGAAGCUUCUCCUUAGGUGCUGGAGGCGGUGACAAGGCAAACCGUAGAUUUGUCAGAGUCAGGCGUGAUAAACCAAGGAAGAAAUAGGUACGACACUCCUCCGGUUCAAGUGGCGGAAGAAGAUGUUAGCAAGACUGCCCGCCCGCGGUUCUACAUUGAGGUGAGACGUAGCAGAAGAGAGCCUCUCCUUGGUUGUUUCCAUGAUGAUGUUGCUGUAUUUUCAAAGUAGCAACAACUAGGUUGAGGGGACUGGCAAAUCCAAUCUCUCUCUCUCUCUCUCUCUCUCUCUCUCUCUCUCUCUCGCUUGUAUUCUGUUUCAGUUUGGUCUGCUCUCCUUGUUUGUGGGGGGAACGCUAUAUUGUUGCAAUUUUGGUGAGUGGUUGCAGCUGAAUGUGGCUUUUUGGUUAGUUUGGUAAAGGUGUGCAUGUGGGGGAGUCUGUUUGUCCAUUGUGUAACAUAGACAUCCAAAAAAGAAAAAAGGAAAAAAAGAAGAGGGACCCUUAGUUUUCUGUAAUCUGUGUAGCUGUCAACACCCCCUUUGCAUUUUACGCUCUCUUCCCUUUGUAAUUUGUUGUCUGUAAGCGAGCUGCCAUCGAACAGUUGAAACUUUUGCUUAUUUCAUUCUUCUGGUGUCUAUUUUUAGAUGGAUGCCAAGGUUACUUGUUU